AAUUAAACGGUGUCAUUCACUGGCUAGACCGUAAUACGCAUUUCACGAACCUUUCAGUCUUAUCUGCCGAUGGAUUGGUGACACUCCUCCGACCAAGUGGUGCAAGCUCUGCCGUGUGGUAAACGAGACUGAAUUACAACAACGCGAUACCUACGCGUGACUUAUACAAUAAUAUUAUCAUCGAAACGCAUUGUACGGCCAUUUUGUUUCCUCCGUUUUUUGUGUUCGUCACUUGUAUUCUCUUCCGGUUUCCCGUGUGCAUGCGAACGAUGUUAUAUUUCGUACUCGGGUCUCCCCCGUGUACCRCCGCCCAUAAUCGUCGUGUAAACGUGCGCCGGCAAACGUCUUCUGCGCUGUGUCGUCUCGCCGUCGCCACCGCCACAGCCUCCGUCAACCGACUACACUGAUCGCCUCUUGCCGCAUACAUCACGCCGUCGAACAUAACAUUCUCUGGACCACAUCGGAAUUUUCGAAAAUGGAGGUUAGUUUUACAGUGAAACUAGGAUUGGCAAUGAUACUGAUUUGUACGGUGAAGACAACAAAUCCAGAACAGCUUGAUAAUGUGGUUACUGCUAAAGCAAUAUGUCCCGAACAAUGUGCUGUUUGCUCUUCUAUUGAAAUGUUAUGUUCUGGUGCCAAUAUCACCGAUGUCCUAAACUAUGAUUUGGAUCCUCAAUUAAUGAAUUUAGACUUUUCAAACAUGUCAUUAAACUUUAUUCCACUCGAAGUAUCAUACAUGACUAACUGCAAGAAACUUAAUCUAUCUAUGAAUAACAUCCAAAAUAUCGAAAAGAUUGCUUUAGAUCACUUGUGGAAUCUUGAAGAUCUGAUUUUGAGCAAUAACUCUAUUAUGGACAUCGCUGAUAUAAAUCCAAGCGAACUGUUUAACAAUAACAAGUAUAUCAAGCUUCUAAAUUUAUCGAACAAUCAUUUCGUUGAUCUUGGCCGAGACAAUAACACUAUAUUGAUCAGUGAAUCGCUAGAGGUGUUAGACGUUAGUUAUUGUCAAAUCGUCUCGUUGAUUGGAUCAAUUGUGUUCAGUGGACUCAAAAAGCUGAAAUACUUAAACUUGUCGAACAACCCUUUAAAGCAAUUGGAUGGACUGAUGUCGGACUCAAUAACCACGUUAAACAUACGUGGUUGUAUCCUCGUCCAUAUCAGCGAUGAUGCUCUGAGUGGAUUUAAAAACCUCGAACUAUUGGACGUCAGCCUAAACGAUCAGCUGUUUAUUGACAAUGCUAUACUAUCCUCAUCACUCGUAACGCUUGAUAUUUCACAGUGUUCAGUGCGCAUACCAAAUUUGCAUGGUAUGUCUAAUCUUAGAACUGUAUUUAUGAACAGCAACCGAAUUAAGAGGCUUACAGCUUAUCAAUUUGCAAAUAGCACAAAAAUGAUCAAUUUGGAUAUAUCUGAAAACCACGUCGAAACUGUGGACCCGUUAGCAUUUUACGGCAUGCCAUCACUUCUGUUUUUGGACUUGUCUAAAAAUUUUAUAAUAGAAAUCUCAUGGGAAUCUGUYUUGGCAACACURCCAUCGCUGGAAUCAUUGAACCUUUCGUACAACUUCAUCUCUCAAAUUGGACGGCUGAAGUCGAACUCUCUUCGCCGACUGAACCUCGAUCACUGUUGGAUCCAUUCAAUUCCGAACGGAGCAUUCGUUCAACUAGAGAAAUUUGGCGAGCUCAUCUUAUCCAACAACCCGUUGCAAAUGUUACUACCAGGUAGUUUCAACUCAUCGCACAUGUGGUUUUUGGACCUCAGCUAUGGUCGGAUAUCGCAUCUGAUAUCGUACGAGUUUGUCAACUCACCCAAUCUUACAGAAAUAAGAUUAACCGGGAACCGUUUAGUGACGUUAAAAAAUGGCACGUUCAAUAAGUGCACUAAGCUGAAGUAUGUUUAUUUGGACGACAACCCGUGGAUGUGUGACUGUUACAGUGUUGAUUUUGCGUACAUGGCCGUACUGGCCAACAGAACUACCAAACAUUCUCCAAUUGAAAGGGCACCUAGCUGUCUGAGUCCGGACAACGUGACCGGAAUGCUGUGGCACGUGGCGUGCGUCAAUAGUCCUGUGUACGCCCGAGACAACCGGAAGAACUUCUCGAUGGCCAUCGGCGUCAUACUCAUACUGUGCGUUUCCGGACUGAUGGCCAUAUUCGUGGCCGUCCACGAAAACAUGAAAACCCGGCAGAUGAUGCGCAGGCGGCGGCAGUUGGACGAGUACGGCAACCCCGACCGGUCAGGUAGUGGCGUGGGGACGGCGGGCCCAGAUGAGUACUUCGACGAGUACGCGGCCGCGGCAGAAUCGGCGCGCAAGAUGUCGCAACURCCUUCUUACGAUGAAGCGGUCAUGUUGCCCAAACCGCCCCCCGAACCACGCCGGAGCAAGCGGCACAGCUGCACGCAGACGGACGAUGCUAUAGUGUCAAACGUGGCGACUGCUGACGCCUCACCGGCCGCGGGUGGCGGCUACGGUGGCGUCUACUGGCUACUUCCGCCGCCAUCCGGGUUACACGUCACCGAGCUUUAACUCGUCUUGGUCAAUUUUUCCCUUAUCCUUUCACCCACCCACCAACCCAUAAAAAACCUCCCAAAACAUCUACCUCCCGUUUCCCCUUCUCCUACAACACAUACACCAUACAAUAUCGAGACUUUGAUCAAUCGUGUUGCGUUUUGUAAAUUAACACAUUACAAAUUAUGGUACAAUAU